AUGUUCGAUUGGAUCAAAGGCAAGAACAAAGAGAGUGGGUGAUAUGAUGAGGUUGAUGCCUUCUUUUGUCCCCAUCUCUCUCUCUCUCUCUCUCUCUCUCUCUCUCUCUCUCUCUCUCUCUCUCUCUCUCUCUCUCGUCAAAUCUCUCCGUUACAAUCCACCUAAUUAAACAUUCUUUCCGUUGAUCUCUUCCAUCAAUCUCCCUCUCCUCUCUUCAUUAUACAGACACACCCGCAUAUAUAUAUCGCCAUUUCUUGUACGGUCGUUGCCACCGCCGCUUUUCUCGAUCCUCCGAUUCUCAAUUUCCUCUUUUCAUUAUCUUAAAUUUCAUUAAAAUUUAGGGCUUUAGCUUCUAUCUAAGCUAUUCGAGUAAUUGAUGGAGCCUCGAGUCGGUAAUAAGUUUCGCCUUGGCCGCAAAAUCGGUAGCGGUUCAUUCGGAGAGAUCUAUCUCGGUACAAAUAUUCAGACAAAUGAAGAAGUAGCUAUUAAGCUAGAAAAUAUCAAGACAAAGCAUCCUCAGUUGCUAUACGAAUCUAAGCUGUACAAGAUACUACAAGGAGGAACUGGAAUUCCGAAUGUGAGAUGGUUUGGGGUUGAAGGAGACUAUAAUGUUCUUGUGAUGGAUUUGCUGGGUCCCAGCCUUGAGGACUUGUUUAACUUUUGUAGUAGAAAGCUGUCUUUAAAGACUGUUUUGAUGCUAGCAGAUCAGAUGGUGAACCGGGUUGAGUUUGUUCAUUCAAAAUCAUUCCUUCACAGGGACAUUAAACCAGACAACUUUCUUAUGGGUUUAGGAAGACGAGCAAAUCAGGUCUAUGCUAUUGACUUUGGACUUGCAAAGAAGUACAGGGACUCCACAACUCAUCAGCACAUCCCGUAUAGAGAAAAUAAAAAUUUGACGGGGACAGCAAGAUAUGCUAGCAUGAAUACACACCUUGGCAUUGAACAAAGUAGGAGGGAUGAUUUAGAAUCACUUGGAUAUGUUCUCAUGUAUUUUCUAAGAGGAAGCCUCCCAUGGCAGGGACUAAAGGCAGGAAACAAGAAACAGAAGUACGAAAAGAUUAGUGAAAAAAAGGUUUCAACUUCUAUAGAGGCUUUAUGUCGAGGAUAUCCCACAGAAUUUGCAUCAUACUUCCAUUAUUGCCGUUCACUACGCUUUGAUGAUAAACCAGAUUACGCUUAUCUUAAGAGAAUAUUCCGUGACCUUUUUAUUCGUGAAGGCUUUCAGUUUGAUUAUGUAUUUGACUGGACUAUUCUGAAAUACCAGCAAUCACAACUUGCAAAUCCUCCAUCUCGUGCUCUUGGAGCUAAUGUUGGUUCAAGUUCUGGGAUGCCUCCAGCUGCUGCCAAUGUUAAUCGACAGUCAGGUGGUGAUGAAGGUAGGCACGCUGGUUGGUCUUCAGCAAAUCCCUCUCGUAGUAGAAGUACUGGACUGCCUUUUAUUUCUGGAAGCUUAUCUAAACAAAAGAAUCCUAUUCCGGAUGAAUUACCCAAUUCUAAUAAUAUGCGAACAAGUGGAUCAUCCAGGCGACCUGGUGUCUCUGGCAGUCGUGAACCAGCGAUUUCUGGGGAUUUUGACUCUGUACGCGCUCGCGCAACUGAUGCAAGCCCAGGAACAGUUCGCAAGAUUUCUAGUUCUGCACAAAGAAGUUCACCAGUUGUAUCAUCAGAUCAAAAGCACAGUACUUCCGGUAGAAACAAAAACCUUGAGUCUAGUCUUAAAGGCAUCGAAGGUCUGCAUAUUAAUGAUGAGAGGCUGCACCAUUAAAUAGUGUGAUUACUUGCUCACUCCUUUGCUGUCACUCCGUUGCUCUGUAAAUUAUGAAAGGGUACACAUUGUCAAUGUAUGCUGCUUUUGCGUACUUCUCUAGGAAUUGGAUCUGGUGUGCAUAGUAUGAAGUGGAUAGAAUGAGCAAGAGAUACUGUCUGUUACAGACUUGCAUUUCCAGCUAAAGAUUAUCCCAGUUAAGGUUAACGGGUCAAAUCCAUCCAUCUAAAAUAGCCUUGUUGAAAUGUGAUGAGCUGUGUUAAUGGAGUCUCCCAUCUGUGCCUUACCCCUAAGCUUUAUCCUUAUAAACUAAGCUAUAUUUCUGUAAUAUGGCGAUCAAUGCCAUUGUAUCGAUUUUUCUUUGGCUAAUUACUAAGACUUCAGUCUGUUUAAAACAUUGAGCAGAUGUACUUGUGAUGUUAGCCUUUGUCAACUCUUCAAAGACGUGUCACUCUCUCUCUUCAUAAAAUUCAGAAAUUUCUCUUUAGAUUCCCCAUACCAGAGUUGUUGCCGUGUGUAAUAAACAUGUUUAAUCUAGCUUUCCAACAACCAAGGUUAUGCUAGUUUCCAUCUAUUGUGAAUUUGUGAUUGUGGAACUCUUGUUUGUUCAUUAAAGCAGCUCAUCGAAUUUUCUAUUAUACA